ACAGUAGCGUAUGUUGGUUGGCGUUGGAGUGUCAGCCGAGUUGAGUUUGAGUGCGUUGUGUCAUCGUUGCGCCGUUGCCGCGGCUCGCGAGUGAAGAUGGGCCGUCUCGAGGGCCCGAGUGUGGCCGGUCAUACGCGAAAGUGCACCGACUGAUUGCGAACAGCAAGGAUGCCGUUCGUCGCGAGGAAGCUGGAGCCGCGGUUCGUGUGCCGGGGCCACGUGCCCGCGGGUACGGCCAACUGGCCGGUGGGCGCCGAGCUGGAAGCUGUGGCCAACGGCACGCUCGCGGCCUUGCUAAGGCAGCUGGCCUCGUUACUGGGUGCUGCGGAGGACGUGUUCGGCGAACUGACGCACCAGUUGGCCGGCAUAGCCGAGCGCAGUGACCGCUUGCGCGGCCAGAUCAGCGGUCUCGAGGAGCGCCUCGCUGCGCAGGACCCCAAGAAGAUUCCAGUUCCCGAGUCGGACAUCUGCACGUUCGCGGCGAGGAGGCUGCACUUCCGGUCGCGCGGACGUCAGCGCUCGCCGUCGCGGCUGUUCACGCUGGAGACGCGGCCGGCGGCGCUGCGCCGCAUGUACGAGGCGGUGGCCGCGGCCAGCAUCGACCUGCGCAGCCUGGACGCGCUGAGGAGGGACCGGCUGGCCAGCGACCUGUUCAUCUGCAGCCCCGUGACGAGCAGGCGCCGCAGGCGCGACCAGAGCCUCGACAUCGAGGCCCGAAGGCCGCGGGCGGUGGAGCAGCUGCGCAGGUGGACCUCGGCGGAGGCGCUGGGCGACGUGACGGUGGCGCCGGACUGCGCCUCGCGCAUCCUUGGUGGCGAGGCCAGCCACGACGACUCGGAGCCCGUCGACCACAAGCUGCCCAGCCCCGAGGAGCAGCUGCAGGUCGUCGCGCUCAGGUUCCCCGCCGAGCUCGUGGCCGUGGACGUCAGCGGCCGCGGCUUCCACCGCAUGUCCACGCGGCGUCGCUCGCUCCAGCAGCAGCAGCAGCAGCAGCAGUCGGCGCGCCAGGCGGACCAGACGGCGGCGGCGCCGGUGCGGCGGCGCUCCCGGCCGCGCAGGGCCCGCGGCAAGCGGCGCAACACCAUCGCCGGCACCGACCACAAGGAGAUCCGCCAGGCGGUGGACGGGCAGGGCGCCGAGGCCGGCGAGGCGCAGCGCUCGGCCAGCAUCGACCUGCUCGACAGCGAGAAGCGCUCGCCGCCGCCCGGCAAGCGGUCGCACUUCGACACGCUCAAGGCCUGGGGCCGCUCGCGGCUGCGGCUCAUCAGUCCCAAGUCCGCGCGGCACAGCCGCGGGUCGAGCGGCUCGCUGGCCGCCGGCGGCGGUGCCGAGGCGCCGAGAGACGAAUCGCUGGACGACGGCCCGCUCGUCGCCGCGCGCCGCUCUAGGCGCGAGUCCGGCAAGGCGCACGAGCGGAAGCCCAGCUCGUCCAGCUCCAGCGGCAAGAGCUCGAGCUCGAGCGCCCGGACGCAGCUGGCCAGCGGCGAGGCGCCCGGCGAGCGACGCGAGGCCGCGGACGCGCUGGCCGCGCAGCAGCAGCCCCGGGAUCGUCAGCAACCGCAGCCGUCGCGCCAUCAUCAUCAGCAGCAGCAGCAACAGCAGCAGCAGGUGGCGAGUGGUGGCGCCGGCAGCAACGACGGUGGCGGCUGCGGCGGCUCGAAGUCGCGCGACAGCGUGCGGCUGCGGGAGAGCGCGGCCGAGCGGCGCGAGAGGCGGAAAGCCAGGGCAGACGAGCCGCCGCACUCGAGCUCGGGCAACUGGAGCGCCUCCUCGGAGAGCGGCCGCGCGAGCAUCGGCAGCGAGACCACCAGUACCACCCACCCGCCCAGAUCCACGACCACGGCCUCGAUCGGCACCUCGUCCACCUCGCUGUCGCAUGUUAGGCGGCUGAAGGGCUGCCGCGACACCUCGGCCUCGUCGUCGGUCACCUCCGAGGGCACCCUCACGCCCGACAUCAUCCAGGACAUCAGCGCGCUGCCGUUCUCCGACGACGGCGAGACCUCGUCGGUGUACUCCUGCGACACCGAGGGCUACUACACCUCCUUCCACGUGGACUCGGGCCUGAAGACCCUGCGCGAGGAGGAGCCGCUGGCGCAGCCGCAAAGCCCGCUGACGCGCUCCAACGAGCUGCAGACCGAGGCCACCUCGCCCCUCGCCGAGAACGAGUACGAGCUCUACGGCAGGGGCUCCACUUCCACCACUACCAGCUCGGCCGGUACCGUGUGCACGACCCUCAUGGCGCCCCCGCCACCCGAGAGGAAGUCCAGCCUCGCCGUUGUCGCUACGGUGCACGGAGGGGCCGCGCAGAAGCAGGACGGCGGCGAGUCGCCCGACAGCGGCCACAACACCUCGUCCUCGCCGGUCGAGUCGGCCUCCAGCCCGGCCUGUACGGGCCGCUCCUGCUCCGAGUUCGAGUACUCGGAGUCCUCGGACCUCGAGGGCUGCGACCGCAUCGAGCGCAUCCGUUCUAAGACCGCCAUCAACACCAGCCGCAUACCCUCCAUGUGCGUGAUCACGCCGUCCAACUCGGACGACGAGCACGCCCACGUCGGCGAGGCCGUCUGCAAGGCCGAGCGCAAGCAAAAGCCGAGGCAGGCCAACGGCAGCGCGCCCGCGGCCGGCUCCGUGCUCAUGUCCGCCACAGUAGGCAGCUCCAAGAUGGAGGUGAUCAACGGCCAGGACAAGAAUCUUUACGCCACGGUGCAGACCGUCACGACGUCUAGUCAAGCGUACAGCGCCGACAAAUCCGCUGCGCAGAACCCGAACAAAACUAGCCCGCUGAGCGGCGUGCUCGAAAGACUGCGUGGCGUUCUGCCCGGCUGGAAGCAGCAGCACCAGCACAAGACCUACCAAGACGACAAUCGGCCUCAGCAGGCCGCGCAGCCGGACUUCGGUGACUACGUGACUAUAGCCGACGUGAGGAGUAGCAGCAGGAGGCGUCAAGAUAAUGCGAUCAAUGGCACGCCCGUCAAGCCGAACGCGCCGGUCACCUACGCCAACGCCGAUCUCUUCAGAAGAGACGCCGAAUACGUGAGCUUGAGCGAGCUGCCCAAGAAAGCCGAUUCCUCGCUGGAAAGGCGUAGACAGGGCGCCCGGGUGACUCUCGAUUCCGAUGGCAAGGUCGUUUACUCAUCCGACAGUCUAAAAAGGAGGAAGGGAGCGCACACGACAUUUAUUCCGGGACCUUUCGUGAAAGAAGCCAGCUCAUCGCCAGCUCAGUCGCCACUACUUCGUAGAGCGAACAUCACUCCGCGAGCAGUGACUCGAACGGGCGCAGUCGACACGGUGGACGGCGAAUCGGGCACUCCAUUCGAGUCAGCCACGACGCCAUCCCCAGCUUCGCAGCAACCCGGCAAAGUGAUUAUUCGUGCGGCCAAAUCUCCGGAGCGCGCGGCCAGUCCGGACUACGUGAGAAUACCAAUGAGGGUGGUCGGUCCGACGACGACGGCGGCGGCGGCGGCGACUGCUGCGACAAGCAUCGCGCCGAGCCGACAGACGCUGCGACACGGCGCCUACGUGAACGUGCAGGGCGGCGAGGGCAGCGGCGAAGAUCAAGCGUUGCUGGCGCUGCAGCCGAACGAGCAGGUCUCGACGGCAGCGUGCCCGCCGCAGUCGCAGCCGCAGCCGCCGCCCUACGUCGGCCCGCCGCGGGUGCGCAAGCCCCACGAGCAGUGCCCCACGAGCAGUGCCCAGCGCCGACAGCCCGACGAGCGCCCGACCCAGUUCCACACGCUGCCGAGCCGCCGGCCGGAGCGCGACGGCGCCCACGAGCCGCCCAGGAGCGUUACCCCCGACAUAACCAGGGGCCUGGCCCGCGGCCCGCUCAGCUCGGCACACAUGCUCGCCGCCCAGCAGCGCGCCCGCGCGCCGCGCCCGGAUCUCCGCGCCCGGCCGCUCGAGCGCUUCGAGCUGGAGUGCGAGCUCGCCGCCCAACAGCGCCGCAGGUGAGCGCACGUCCGCGGGCCGCCCGCGGCACGCCUCUGUCAUCGCCGGCCUCCUCGUUGCAGGCUCGCCCCGCCGGUUGGCGCUUCCGCCCUGGGCUACCGACUGCUCGCCUCGGCCGGCCAGGACGCCGGCGUGCCGCCGUCGCCGAUCGGCCCGGAGCGGUCCAACGGCUUCGGCGCGUCCACGCCGCUGGUGGCCGACCGACCGGCCGCUCCGCCCGGCCAGCCCCACGGCCUGCUCUCGCCCAUCAAGAGCAGCAUGUCCAACGAGGAGCUGUUCGCCGCCAUACACAAGUCCAAGCGCCGGCUCAACAUCCGCGACGAGCCCGGCCGGCUGUCGCCGCGGGCCCACCACCAGCGGCUCGUCGGGACCAGGCACAGCUGGAGCCCGGAGUCCCACAAGCUGCCGGAGAUCCCCAGGACGUCGACCGCGCCGCUGUCGGCCACCUCGCGCAUGGACUUCAAGCGGCUGCUGUUGCAGCAGAGCAUCAAGUCCGGUCCCGUGCGGCUGUCCGCGGCCGAGCAGCUGAAGCUGUCGCGGCAGCAGUGCCAGGAGCAGCAGGCCGCGGCGGCGGCUGCGCCGCCGCAGACGCCGACGAAGAGCGCCUCGCAGCAGCAGCAGCUGGCCAAGGUGCUCAGCCCGCGGUCCGCCUGGCGCUUCCAAACGCCGCGCACCGACGUGCUUUCCUCGACCAUCGUCGAGGACGCCGCCGCCGAGGAGAAGGCCAUGAAGCCGUCGCCCGAGGCCGAGCUCGGCGCCCGGCGCCAGCUGGACCUCGGCUCGGGCGACUUCGAGCGCCUCAAGAACCGCAUCAACGACUUGAAGAGCCAGCAGCGCUCGCUGGAGAAGCGCGAGAAGGAGCUGGAGAACCGGCUGCAGCUGAUCGACGCUCGGGCCGAGGUCGACCCCGUCAAGGCCAUCGAGCACCGCCGGAUCAGCAACCAGCUGGCCAGGGCGCAGUUCCUCGCCAGCUCCGGGCCGACCGGCCCUCGGCCCGGCGCCGAUCCCUUCGGCAAGCGCUUCCGCGCCAGGUCCGAGUCGCCGCGGCAGAGCGACGCCCAGAGGACCAAGCCCGCCGACCUCGGCUACGGCGCCGAGGAGGUCGCGGUCGCGCGCUGCCCCAGCGCGCCCGCCCUCGAGACCGCGCUCUAAUGCGCCGCCGCCGCACGUGCUGCCUUAUUUAUUCUCUCCCACCCCGCACUCCUUACCGCGACCGCCUCCUCGCUCCUCUUGCCACCUCGUGCCUACGCCUAAGCUUUAGCAAUGGCGCCACACCAUCUUGCCUGUCUUGUACGACCCGCGCAACCCGACCGAAGCUACACGUUCGUUCGUACAUGUUGCGCCUGCCACAUUCACGACGGCUUCACUUCUGAGCCUCGCAAUCACGUAGAUCGUGUUCUACGGCUUUGUCGAGCGCGCAGUUUCGUUGGAUCCGCUCGAAAUUCGCCAGUCGGCGCGGCCCUCGCCGCGUUCAUCGAUUUUAUCUGCGUUCAUUGUUCUCGCCAAAAAUGCGACUUCACUCGGCACAAAUAAUAACGCGACUUGUACAAUGUAAACAAGCUUGUAUAUAUAGGGAUUGUACCAAUAGAGACGCGGACAUUUCCAAGUCAAUUGUUUGGUCGAUUAUUUGCAGUGCGUAUAGAUUUUCAUUACCUUUCUCUUCGUAUCUAGGAAUCUUUUCACCUUGAAAUUAGAGUCAGUCGACGGCCUUCCGACAAACACUGCAAAAGAAUCUUUUACGUUUUAUAUACAAUCGAACAUUCUGCUACAUCAUGGAAUUCAAUUGUAAAUAAUAUUAUGAAAUACGGUAUGCAUUUCAACAUAUACGCGAGCUAGUUGAAAGUUUUGAUUACUUGCUAUCUAGUCUUAGUCCUGGGUAGGAUUAAAUAAAUUACCUUUUAAGUUAUUGUGACUCAUCAUUUAUCGGAGCGCGAGCAAUCCUAUUUGAUAGGAAUUUACACGAUGAUGCCACGCAUCAUCGAAAAAUUACGAGAACGCUUGUUGCUUCCACGCCUCGCCUUUUCAGAAAGAAACGUAUUUCGAUAGAAUCAAAAAUUAUAAUUAUAUUUAAUAUAAUAUUAAUAUAAUGCAAAGAUGUGAGAUGCGUGUAGUUAUAAAGAACAAAGUUGCCUUAAUUAAAUUAUUGAAAUUUAUAGAGUAUAUUCGAUAAAUUUUCUAAAUAAUAUAUUCCUUAAUCCAUCUAUUUUCACUUCUUCUCGCCUAUUGUUAAAACUACGUAUUUUUAAAUUGUAACUUCAAAGCUUAAGCAAACAAAAAAUAUUUUGU